GCUGGUUCUCACACACAGCAUACAUACAUACAGUCAGUCAGUCACAAUGAAUGGCUGCCUGUAGCUAGGCGGAGGGAGACACUACACCGCUUAUUCAACGCUGGUCCUCCAUUGAAACACUUUCCAGCGGAAUACAGCCGAGGGGACCCUGUGGUGCUGGGCAGAGCGUUAUGGCUCAGACGCUGCAGAUGGCGAUCCCUAACUUUGGCAACAACAUCCUGGAGUGUCUGAACGAGCAGCGGCUGCAGGGCCUCUACUGUGAUGUCUCCGUCGUCGUCAAGGGACACGCCUUUAAGGCCCACCGUGCUGUGCUGGCAGCCAGCAGCUCCUACUUUCGGGAUCUGUUCAACGCCGGGGGGAAGAGCUCGGUGGUGGAGCUGCCCCCGGCCGUACAGCCAGAGAGCUUCCAGCAGAUCCUGGCCUUCUGCUAUACGGGACGCCUCAGCAUGAACGUGGGAGACCAGUUCCUGCUCAUGUACACCGCCGGCUUCCUCCAGAUCCAACAGAUCAUGGAGAAGGGCACAGAGUUUUUCCUUAAGGUCUCAUCUCCAAGCUGCGACUCCCAGGGUCUUCACACCGAGGAGACCCCGACCUCGGAGCCUCAAAGCCCUGUCACCCAAACAGUGGGUGGGGGUGGAGUCGGUGUUGUCGCCACAGCUGCUGGACGUCCCGCUUCCUGUCUCACGCCCCUCCCCCUGGUGUCUAAGGUGAAGACAGAACAGACGGCCUCCACACCUCAGCCCACACCUCAGCAGCAGCAGGAAGGCUCUCCAUACUCGGUGGUCUGCACCCCAGUGGCCAAGCGGCUGUGGGAGGGGGCAAACCGUGACGGAGGAGGGGGGUCUGGAGGGGGCGGGGGAGGCGGGAUGAGGAAGACCGCACGUUACUCUUCCUCGUCAUCAUCUUCCUCCUCCUCCAACAACACUACCCAGGAUGCCUCUGCACGUGCGCCCACAGCCAACGCUGCCAUGAUGGGCGGCGGUGCCGGAGUCGUCGGUGCCAACCCAGCAGGAGGAGCCGUAGUCAAUAGUAACCACAACAACAAUAACAACAACAACGGCGGGACACCUGAAGGCACCAGCCCGGGCACGCUGAGCAUGUACACCAGCGACUCGCCAAUCAGCUACCACGAUGACGAGGAAGAGGAUGACAUAGCCGAGGACAGCGCCGAGGAGCAGUACAGGCAGAUCUGCAACAUGUACACCAUGUACAGCAUGCUGAACGCCGGAGCAGCAGUGGUCGGGGAGCGGGUCGAGGCUCUUCCAGACUUGGCCCCAGACUCUGGCGGUGGGCGAGGAGGCAGAGGGGCUCGGUCCAGGCAGGACCUGGCGUCGCUGCCGGCAGAGCUCAUCAGUCAGAUCGGAAACCGCUGCCACCCGAAGCUGUACGAGGAGGGCGACCCUGCCGAGAAGCUGGAGCUGGUGAGCGGCACCUCCGUGUUCAUCUCCCGCGCUCAGCUCAUGAACUGCCACGUCAGUGCCGGCACACGCCACAAAGUGCUGCUGCGACGCCUGCUGGCUGCUUUCUUUGACAGGAGCACUCUGGCUAACAGCUGUGGGACCGGCAUCCGCUCUUCGACCAACGACCCCAGCCGCAAACCUCUGGACAACAGAGUGCUGCAUGCUGUCAAAUUUUACUGCCAGAACUUCGCGCCGAGCUUCAAGGAGAGCGAGAUGAACGCCAUCGCUGCCGACAUGUGCACCAAUGCCCGCCGCGUCGUCCGCAAGAGCUGGAUCCCCAAGCUCAAACUGCUGAUGGCCGACAGCGACGCCUACUCCGCCUUCCUUGCCGACAGCGUGAAGAUGGAGGCGGACGGGCUGGGGGCGGAGCAAGGCUUCGACCCAGCCUCCCUGGAAGCUGUGGCGGUAGCAGCAGCCGCCAAUAAUAGCGAAGCUGGAGGCGGAGCCACGCAGGCAGACGCUCUCCAGGGAGCGGGAGGAGACGGCAGCACUUUGUUUUGAGUGAGUGAACGGACAGAUAGACUGAUGGACAGGUUGUUGGCGUCCCUCUGGGGGCGAUGAGUGGAGAGCGGUGGUCGUUAUGACAGUUGUCGCUCGUCCCCUGACGCCGCCGUGUGUUCGGGGAUCUGUUUCUUCUUCUACACCUCUUUUUGUUCGUCUGUUCUGCUUUCCUUCCAACAUUUCUGUCUCUCUCCGCCACCCAGAAUGCCUCACUUCUGGCCGUUUCUCCUUCCUUCUUCUGGCAGAGAGACACAGAAAAACAAAGAGAGAGGCUGCAGAGGAAGAAGGUCGACAUCAGCCCCCCCCUCGACCUUUCUCAUUCCUCUGCAGCCUUUCCAGACCUGAUUGUUUCAGCCUUUAUUUUUUUAUGUUUUUAAGAGCGUGUACGGUCACUAAGGCCCUUUUCUGACCAUAAUCAAUCACAGACAUUCCCUGGGGAGGGGUUGGGAGGGUGAAUCUGUUCGGAGAAAGUGAUAUUUCCUUCCCCAAUCUCCGGUAACACUGUUGUUUUUGAUAUUGAAUGUAUGCGAGGUGAAGCAUCUGGACCGCAGCGUCAGAGAGAGAGAGCUUGUACAGAAGCCCCUUUUUUUGUUUGUUUGUUUCACUGUGUUUUAGAGCGUGGGGUUGUUGAGGUGAGGGGUUGAACUGAAUAUUAAUAUGUAUAUCGGCAUGGUUUAUGAUCUCCCCGACCUCUGCUCUUUAACCUUGUGCCGGGCAUGCUGGGAAACGGACCUACCAGCUCUGAAAGAAAAGCUGAUGGGGUUUUUUUGACUGACAGAUGAGAAAAACAAAGAUUUGCUUUACUAAAAACUUUCUCAUGUCCUUUAAGCCCAGUUUGGACCAAAGAUUCGCGAGGUCCACUUGUGAUGGAGCGCUCUGCAAUGUUCUGAAAGCUGACCGGUUCACGCCGCUGCAACUAGACAAGACGAUGCAUUGUUUUUAUCGCAACACUCUCUAAGUCGCCCAGCUUAAAGUGAUUUAUUUCUGACUUUACUGCAGAUAAAUCUAUCUCUCCUAGAGGGACAGUGCUGCACAUUCAGAGUCUUUUUGUCAUUAUGACAUCAUUUAUGUCCUAAACAGUGCAAGACAGAGAUUCAUCACACAAUCCUGUUGUUUUCAACAUCCUAAUAAAAGUUCCAAAUUUUUAGAUGAAAUGUCAAAACUAAACAAGAGUACCUUGAUGCAGACAAGAUGGCCGACAUACAUCCAAUCCAUACUGGAAGUCCCAACUGUAGGUCCGUAUGUCUAAGGUUAGGCUUAGGCAUUAAAACCUGAGUGGUUAGGUUCAGGGUAAGGCAGUGGGGAGGGUGAUAUAUUUG